UUUGGUUUAUUUCUGCUUAAACAAAUAUUGCUAAGUUUAUCCUUUCCUACAUCGGAUGAAAUAUGAAAAGUUUUAGGUUGGAGACAACAGUGCAGUGAAUUUGUUACCUAUAUUAGCUGAACAAAUAGAAGAGGGUCUCCGUUACCCUUUACUUGAUGAAGAAGGAGAUGUGAACAUUGCCAGAUUUCUUCCAUACAACGCGAAGCUCGAUAGUGACACUUUUCGAUUUCUUUGGAAGAAAAUGCAAGAAAAAGGCUGUGUAACGAUGUUCAACGAUGAUCUAAUGCACUCGACUCGUGGAUUGUUUCAUUAUCCAGCGAGUGCUUUCCGGAAAGGAUUUCGGGUUUCUCCAACGACCCACUAUUAUCGCCCAUAUUACCUAGAAAUCUACGCGGCACUUUUGAAUGUGCCAAAAGCUUGCCUUAAAGGAGACUUUUUACACGGAGAAUUUCUGGAUAUUUGGUAUCGAUUUAUCACUACUUAUCAAGACAAAUGUCACUUCAGUUUCAGUUUUUUGACAAGUCUCACCCACGAUAAACCGAACAAUAUCCAAUUGAUUGAUGAUGUUCUAAGCGAUCGCUUCCGAUUACUCGAGGUAGGGAUUUUUGUAAUCGUUGUAGUUGAAUUCAAGGAAAGAGUGAUGCUUGUGCGGGUGCAUGGUAGGCUUGCGAGCAUCCUUGGGCACGAUCCAGAUUCUUAA